UUUUGAAGAAAGGCCAUUUUGCGAAUGCUAUUUUUCCUCCAUUUCAGGUUUUAGCCUUUUGAUUUUGGUACAAGUACAAUGUAUUGCAAUGGCAACAGGAGGAAUCUUUGACCCUUCUGUAAAACUUGGAUACCCGCAGAGCAUUUUUGUUGGUCAGAACUUAGAUAGAAAGUACCUGUGUACCCACUGUGGUGAAGUGUUGAAUGACCCCAUCCAGUCAUUCUGUGGCCAUAGAUAUUGUAAUGGAUGCUUACAUGGCCUUAUUAGUUCCCUGCAUACCACAAGUUGCCAGGCAUGUUUAGCUGAAGGGGAUGAUUCAUUGCUUGACAAGGACCAGACAUUUCCAGAUAAUGCUACAAGAAAGGAGCUGGAUGAACUGAAAGUAAGAUGUAGCAAUAGCAACAAUGGGUGCAGCUUUAGUGGCACAUUCAGCGAUUUCAGAAAGAAUCAUGAGAAAACCUGUGAAUAUCGCCAGGUUAAGUGUCCAGAUUGUGGACAGGAAGUGUCACCUCGUUUUCUAACAGAACACAAGCGAGACAAGUGUCCAUUGAGGUCCGUACCUUGUAGAUACUGUAACAAGACUUUCAUUGCUAAGGACAACUGGAGCCACAAUGGUAUUUGCCCCAAGUUCCCCAUCAGAUGUGAUUUUUGCGACAACCUUCCACGGAAAAUACCACGUGACAAGAUGCCUGAUCACCUGAAAACAUGCAGAAGGGAUAAAGCUCUGUGCAAAUUUGGUUGCAAGGAAAAGUAUGAAGUAAAUAAGGAAGGCCAGCACAUGGAGCAAUUUGCUGUGCCCCAUCUUGAUCUGGUGAGAGAGAAAAUGGAAAAGCUGGAGGCUGAAAUUAAACAGAAGCGCCAGCAGGGUGAAGAGGAACAUCUACAAGCUUUAAUAGGUCGUUUGUCCAUUUUGGAUUCCAACAUGAAAGUGUGUCAGGCCAAGGUUGCUGAUCUCAAUCAGAAGGUCACUGGGAUGUCACAAAGGUCACGGAUCGAGGCGGACUCAGGCACGGCUUAUGCAUUAGCAGCUGCUUCCUCCUCCCCAUCUACUGACAGUGGCAUCUCCCAGAUAAUAGACCAACUCAAGACACAGGAAGGGAUAAUAGACAGCAAAGUCAACACUUUUGAAGGUAUUGUGGCCGUUCUUAAUCGGGAGGUAGAAAAAUGUAGCACCCAGUUGGAAAACUACGAAGGACAACGGCGUCUUGAUAGAGAGGCACUAGAGGGUAAUGAACGCAAAAUCAAGUCCUUGGAAAGAGUCAUCGCCUUGAAGGAUGUUUCAAUGGCGGAGCAAGACCUGCGCAUUCAAGCCCUGGAAAACGCAAGCUUUGAUGGGAUCCUUAUUUGGAAGAUUUCAGAUUUCAGCCGUAAACGCCAUGAUGCUAUUACAGGCAGAGUCACCAGCCUGUAUUCUCCAUCCUUCUACACUGGUCCCCACGGCUACAAAAUGUGCUGUCGAAUUUACCUGAAUGGUGAUGGGAUGGGGAAGGGCAGUCAUGUUAGCCUUUUUUUCGUGGUGAUGAGAGGUCACUACGAUGCCCUCCUCCGCUGGCCAUUCAAACAGAAGGUCACUUUCAUGCUGCUGGACCAGAACAACCGCGAGCACAUAAUAGACGCCUUCAGGCCAGAUCCUACCAGCUCCAGUUUCAAGCGUCCAACCUCAGAAAUGAACAUCGCCAGUGGUUGCCCCCUCUUCAUGGCUCUGACCCAGUUAGAAAAACAAGGAACGGCAUACGUGAAAGAAGACACUAUGUUUCUGAAGGUGGUGGUGGAUACUGCGGAUUUAUAAAAGGGCAGAGGGGGGUUGCAUUUUUCAGUGUCAGCCAUAGUUUAAUAACUAUUACAUUUAUGGAUGCCCUGCAAUCUGCUCAGGUUGAUAUCACUGAGCAGAUUUUGCCUAAGACUAUGUAUGCAUGUCCUGCUAUUAUGCUCACCAGUGUUGAGAUCCUAGGGGUUAGGACUACAUUUCUGGAAAAAUGGUCAAGGACAAGGAUUUUAAAAGACAUUUUUGAUAUCUUUCAUUGUAAUGAAAAUUUGGUGUUAUACUGGUGCUAUUACGCUCAUAUACACAGACAUGGGCCAGUACAUUGUGCAAUAUAUAUAUUUUAUUUUUGUUGUUAUUGUUAUUAUUUGUUAUGUUCUUUUCAUUUUUUUUCAUUAUGAUUUAUUUACAUAUUAUAUACUUUUUGAAGAUACAUAUACAGUCAAAUACCUGAGUUUUAAGAACAGUCAGGACAUUAGUAGGAUGUGAGCAAGGUUAUUGAAUGCACAUGAACCUUUAAUCAACAAAGGUCUGCAUAAGUGGCUUAAGGCUUCAACAAAAUGGGUCUUGAUAAGUUCUGUACUAUGUAUGGACAUGUUUCUCUCCAUUUCAGGCACAAAAACUGAUGUGUGCAAUAUUUCUGUCCAAAAUAAGAAAGUUUUAAUGUGCUUGAAAAAGAAGAAGAAAAAAAAAAAAGAAAAGAGUUGUUCAUAGAGAAAAUGAACAACCUUAACGUGUUCUUUGUCCUCUAACAGUGUGGAACUGCCCAAAUGUUCAGUGUCAUAUGACCACAUGACAUUUACAACAAAUUUUGAGUCAUAUUUAACUUCUGUCUUGACCACUGGCGUGAAAUUAAGACCUAAGUUGUCAUAUUCCUGUAGUGGUCAAGACAGAAACUCUAAGCACUUCAAUAAGAUCAUUUUAUAACUUAGUAUAAAUGAGAAAUUAGAAGAAUUAAGUUUAGGAGUGGGGG